CAUUUCAACUCAUCUUACCUCUUCAACUCCACAAUUGGGUAUUAUUCAUUUGAAGCUCUAGCAUCGUUACACCAGAUCGUUAUCUAGUUUCCAUUGAAAUCACACGUUAAGAGAUUGGCUCUUCAACCUUAGAGGUACCUGAGUCUCGGAGUCGUUGCCCUCUAGUCAACAGAGAACAUCGAGAGCGAGGACCCCGGUCCUUGCAUGAACCACCAACAUGGCCCAAACAAGCCAGCGAAGGAAGCGCCAGGCAGAGGAGGAUGAAGAGGAACAUCAAGAAACACCUUUCAAAAGAAGUCGCGCGGAGGAUAUUUCCUACUUCCAAUGGCUAUGGACACCACCCCGGUCGCCAUCACGGAAAACCUCCUCAUCGGGUCUAUGGAGUCACUCCGUCCCAGACGGCCUAUUCCUCACCCGUCAUGAUGCGCCCCGUUCCUUUUCUUUACCCCCGGAAUCCACAUCAAGACGGCCCCGUCGCCGGGGCGCCAUCUCUGUGACAUCUUCGUCACCCAGCGAGAUGGAUCGACACCUCGCGCGGCAACUCCAGCAGCAGAUCGCCGUCCUCCGAAUCAAAGCAGCGGAGAGCCAGCAGCAAGCACAAGACGAGGAUUGCUGUGAAGAUGACGGCGAUGGUGAGGACAAUAUGCACAACGAAAGGGACGUUGAUCAUCUACGACCCGAAUUAGAGGCCGUGCAGAUCGACGCUUCCCUAUCGUCCAUCCUGGGCAUCGCGAUAGACUUUGAUCAAAAGCUUUGCCUCAGUUCCUCCGGUCGUUCGUCAGAUACCACCUCUGGGCAUCGAGGUAAGCGAUCAGGCGUUUGAGCGAAACCCAAAGGAUGGCGUCAACACACAAACACACGCACACACAAUACCUGGGGAAAUUUUGAGAGAGUGCAGGUGGCACGGGUGAGAGAAUGUGAGAGAGAGGG